AUGUCUGUAACAAAUGCAGUGUAUGCAUCCGUCACUCUGUUACAGCAAGGUGUCAUUGGUGUUAUUGGUGAUAUUUCCAGUUCCUGGACAAGUCUAAGUGCCCUCAUGACUUCCACCUUGGAAAUACCACAAUGCUCCUUCACAGCUAACGCCAUUGCAUUUUCAGACAAGUCACAAUACAAGUACUUUUUUAGAACGAUACCAACACAAGUCAUUAUCGCCGAUGUCAUGCUUAACUUUGCAUCGAAACAAGGAUGGAAUAAGUUGGGUGUCUUGUACACGGAUGAUCCACUUGGUCAACAAUUUUAUCAACGCGCCUUGAUUCAAGCUGGGAGUAUGGAUCUUCAUAUCCUGCAAUAUCAAUCGAUUCCAUCUACACAAACUACCGACGAUUACUUGAACGCUUUAACCAAUAUCACUAACGGUGGCGCACGUAUCAUUAUGGUUGCUGCCACAUCUACACCACAAGUGGAGAUCUUAAUGCAGGCACAAAAGAUGGGCCUCAUCAAUAAAAACUAUGUUUGGCUCAUGAUGGGUGAUACUACCACUGAAUUAUUAAAAAAGAUCUCUCAGCAUAAUGUCAAUUACACUACAGAUCAAAUCAAUUACGAUGCACAAUAUCAGGGUCUUUUCUUUUUCGAUAAUUGGUUGUCCUUAACUGGAUACCCGCCAUUUGAAACUUUUUUAGAUCAAUGGGCAUCAUUAAAUCCAGAAGCGUUAGCGUAUUCAUGCAUGAUGCUGAUGGCCGAAGGAUUUGGAAAAAUCAUCCAUAGCAGUAAAAACAAGACAGAUGAAUUAGAGAAAUUGGCUUCAGGACAACUUGGUGACGAUAUGCUGCCGUCUGCAUUUAAUAUUGGCUACGUGGGACCAGAAGGCCCAAUGAACUAUGACUCGAAUGGAGAUUUAACAUCAGGGUAA